AUGACUUUUCGGGUCUGCUACUUCGGGACGAGUUCGCUAAUUGCUAACGGCCGCGGUGGGCGGCGGGCGGAUUGUUUUGUAAAUAAAUUCGUUUCGGCUCCGUUCGGAAUUACUUACGACAGCGCCGAAAGCGAACAUUCCACGAAUAGCCAGUUACGUGAACCCUCAAAACUCCUGCUGUACUCCGUGCAGGCUCGCGUGCCAGUUCCGAGGUGCGCGUUGGUCCACGAAACUAUCGAUAGCUUCAAGACGGUGGAAGCUAAA